CUUUGCCCCAUAAACUGCUAUUUAACGCUACUUAAACUGGCCGCGGCAGCGCAAAAUGCUCAAAAAGGGGUUCAAGUGAUAUCUCUCAUUUACGUCCACGUCCCUAUUCGUACAAAGUAUCGUCGUGACCGGUUCACGGAGCUACUUCGUAUCUAGGCGCAGAUCUAGGAAGGCCUGGAGGAAGGGAGGGGCGGGUUCGGAGAGAAAUGUCUAAGACCUGUCGCUGGGGCCCUGGGGGGGAGCAUGCAGUCCUGAACACCAUGUGGCUGGCUAGCAGUGGGAAGGAGAGGCCAGAGACUGCGCUCGCGUCAGGAUACCAACACCCUACCAUGGGGGACGUGAUAUCCGAUCGGAUACUGCCCCGUACCAUACAACUGGACAAGCCACAUGUUUUUUUUUUCCUUUUUUUUUUUUGUCUUCUGGGGAGUCCACGUUGGCACGGCUCAACAGCACUCCAACAGUCUCAGGGUCAGCAAAAACAUUUGCUCCAGUCAUUACAGUGCGUGUUGUCUUGCGACCAACAGAAGUGCAUUUAAGUGUCGUGGAAUAAACGUGACCUGCGCAUGUCCGUACGAACUCCUCCUCAGCCCUCAGCACCCGGCCUGGCGGAACAACUUGA